AGAACCUGACAUUUCACAUUGAAAAACGUUGUUCUUUCAACUGUGAGAGUUCAAUCUCUCUGAAUGCAAGGGCCAUGGGAGAAGUACAAGAAGAACAAGAAGAUGUUCGGACGCCAUUGUUGCACUCAGAUGUUGCUUCGUCUCCCGGGGAACCAGUCCAGCCUCUCUUCAGGAGAACCGGGAAUUUGCGGACAGCAGUGGCACAUAUAAUAACAGGGGUGAUAGGGUCCGGGGUGCUAUCGUUGGCAUGGAGUAUGGCGCAGUUGGGGUGGAUUGCUGGUCCAUUGGUCAUGGUGGUUUGUGCUUCAGUCACCCUUUUCUCCUCAUUUCUCCUCUGCAACUGUUACAGAUACCCUCAUCCUGAGCAUGGUCCGGCCAGAAACAGCUCUUACUUGGAAGCUGUUCGGGUGAAUUUAGGAGCAAGCAGAUCCUGGGUGUGUGUGUUUGUUAUACAGAUAAGCUUAUUUGGGACUGGCAUUGCUUAUGUCAUUACUUCAGCCACCAGCAUGAGAGCAAUAGAGAAAUCAAACUGUUAUCACAAGUAUGGACAUGAGGCAGAUUGUGAAUUUGGAUACACUCACUAUAUGCUGAUAUUUGGAGUUGUUCAGAUUGUGGUGUCUCAGAUACCCAAUUUCCAUAACAUGGAAUGGCUUUCUGUUGUUGCUGCUGUCAUGUCCUUCACUUAUUCCUUUAUUGCAUUGGGACUGGGCUUGGCAAAAGUUUUAGGUGAUGGAGUAAUCAAAGGUAGCAUUGCUGGGAUCUCAACUUCUACUGCAGCCCAGAAAGUAUGGUUGGUUUGUCAAGCACUUGGCGACAUUUUAUUUGCCUAUCCAUACAACAUUAUUCUCAUUGAAAUACAGGACACUUUGCGAUCACCCCCACCAGAAACCGAGACAAUGAAGAAGGCCUCCACCAUAUCAGUGCUCAUCACGACCUUCUUCUACCUCUGCUGUGGAGGCUUCGGAUAUGCAGCCUUUGGCAAUUCCACCCCUGGAAACCUCUUGACAGGGUUCGGGUUCUAUGAGCCAUACUGGCUUGUUGACCUUGCUAAUGUUUGCAUUGUUCUUCAUUUGGUUGGAGGAUAUCAGGUAUACAGUCAGCCGCUUUUUGCAGUUGUCGAGAAAUGGUUGGCAGGGAUGUUCAAAAGCAGUGAAUUUAUGAACAAGGAGUACGCUUUGAAGCUUCCCUUGUUGCCAGCUCUCAGAUUGAAUCUUCUGAGGCUGUGUUUUCGAACCAUUUAUGUUGCUUGUACAACUCUAAUUGCAAUGUUGUUCCCAUACUUCAACCAGGUCUUGGGAGUGUUGGGAGCCAUAAACUUUUGGCCACUGUCCAUAUAUUUUCCCGUGGAAAUGUACCUUGUGCAGAAGAAUAUUAGAGGUUGGACUACUGAAUGGAUUGUUCUUCGCUGUUUUAGCAUUGCUUGUUUACUGGUGACAAUUUCUGCUUUGGUUGGAUCUAUUGAGGGAAUUGUAACAGAAAAGCUUAGCUGAGAAAUAUUAUCGUUUUUCCUUGGAUAUGCGAAGAUUUUGUGAUUAAUGAUAAUGGCUUUAGUUGUAUAGGGAAUUCUUAUUAUUUCGAGAUAUAUAAGGUUCAUAGUUGUUACAAUGUUAUAUUAGUUGUUCUUUUAUGGAAUGUAUUUUUAAACUGAGAUU